AUGCUUCCUCACGACCUCUGCUCCAAAAUCCAAAAUGCUUUUCGCGCACGCCACCAAAAGCUUGCUGUGAACCACAGCACCCAAAACCUCGGGAUCCUGAACAUUUUGCUACGAGCAGGCUUCAUUUCGAGCAUUACACGUGGAACUAUUAACGGGCCUAACCCUGCUGAGUUCAACGCCGCUAAGGAAAGCGAGCGUAGAAUAUGGGCCGACCUCAAGUACCGCGACGACCAGCCAGUGCUAUCGAACAUGGAGCUCAUCAGUCUUCCCAGUCGACGGGUGUUUAUGGACUUGGCAGGUAUUCGCGCAAUCUGUUCGGGUAGGAGGAACAAGCAAAUCCCCCCACUCGGGAUGGGUGAAGUGGCUAUGGUCAAGACGCAGGACAAGGAACACGAGUGGUUGGAAGCGAGGGAGGCGCUGCAGAUGAAGAUACCUGGCGAGGUUAUCUGCCGAGCGAGAUAG